AUGACUAUCAAGGCUCAGGCCACUCUGCGCACUGCACGCCUAGAACUAGCCCCCAUGGGCCACGAGCACCGCAAGUUCACGAUGCAGUUGGACAUGGACCCAGAGGUUAUGAAGAUGGUCGCCUUCGGCCGGCCAUUUACCGAAGAUGAAGUGAUCCAGGUUCAUACCUGGCUGAUGGGCUGCGCAACGUCUGUUCCUGGUUUCGGGGCCUGGGCCGGCUUUGCCAAAGGCGAGUUCGUGGGUUGGUGGAUAUUGGCCCCCAUUUCCACGAAAGAAUACCCCGAGAAAUUCAUGACCGAUCGGACGGAUUUUGGGGGCAAGGAGGGGGGUCGGGAGAUGGUUCGCUAUGCCUUCGAGGAACUGGGUCUGACGGAGGUGAUUGGCGAGACGAUGACUUUCAACAAGGCUUCUCAGGCGGUUAUGGCCGGCUGUGGGCUGAACCACGUUGAGACUUUUUUUAACAAGUACGACACUCCGCCACCAGGAAUUGAGGAGGGGGAGGUGCGGUAUUCGAUUUCCAGGCAGGAAUGGUUGCGCAAGGAAAGAUCCAGCAUAACCCGAAGUCGCUGGUUUUCGGUCUUGACCAGCUGGCCGCCACGACUGCUCCUGUCCAGCCUCUGGUCCUUCUUUUUCAAAGGCCCACGCUCGUAG